UAUUAAAGUGUUUACAAUAGUGAAAUUAUAACUCUAAAUUGAUGGACUAAUAGUAAAUAAAUAAUAGUAAAUCACAUCAUUGUUUCAGUGUCCGUAUUUAUAAUCAUAAUAAUUAUUAGUAACAUGGCGGAUGGAGUUACAUGUGUCAACGUCGACCAGAGACUACACUUACCUUAAUCUAUUUUUUUAAAGUAAAUAACUAGUGCUUAACAUUUCCAUUUAUUCAUAAGUAUAAAAAGAUUUCGAAAAUAAAAAGAUAAAAAAAUGGGCAGAUCCAGAACGCGUAGUAAGUCGCCAAGUAGCCGACGGCGUCAUAAGAGUAAACAUUCAAGAAAACGUUCUAAAUCACGUGAAAAACGCUCUAAUAAUAAAUAUUUGGAAAAAUCAAAAGAACGAAGUUCUAAAACAAGAAAACGCUCACAUUCUUCAUCAACAAGUAGUGAUUCUGAUGGCUCUGAUGAUGUACAUAUUGUCAGCCAUAAAAAACGUUUAUUCAAAGAUAGAGAUAGAAAAAUGGAUGAAGUUGAGCGAUUAGCUGAAAUAGAACGUCAAAGGCGGCAACGAGAAACAGAGCAAAAGUUAGUGGAAGAAGAGGCAGCUAAACGCAUUGAAGAGCUAGUCCAAAAAAGGGUAGAAGAAGAAUUAGAAAAACGUAAGGAAGAGAUUGAAGCAGAAGUUCAUAGACGAGUAGAAGAGGCUAAAAAAGCUAUUGAACGACAAAUGAUGGAAGAAAUGGAAUGGCGCCAGGCUAAACUCCGCGAGGAGGAGAAACGAAGAGAGGAGGAAGAGCGGAAAAAACGUGAGGAACUCGAACGGAUCAUGGAAGAAAACAACAGGAAAAUUGAAGAAGCUCAAAAGAAAUUGGCUGAAGAACGAUUAGCAAUGGUUGAAGAACAACGUCUUAUGGAAGAAGAGCGCCAGAAGAUGAGAAAAGAACAAGAAAAGCGAGUUAAAGAAGAACAAAAGAAAAUAUUGGGAAAAAAUAAUUCGAGGCCUAAACUUUCUUUCACUUUAAAACCAGUAACGUGAGUCUUAAAAUUAAUUUCAAGUCAUCUUUUGUGCUGUUAGAUAUCCCUUCAGGGUCUUGAGUAGGUAAUAAUUUUCCAGUUAAUAUAAAUAUCGAUUUGAUCAAUCAUACAAACAUCAAAUAAUUCUAUUUAUUUGUUGUUUGUUCGAUCCAUCUAUUGCUAAGAUUUUUUACCAAUUGUUUGAUAUUCGUGGAGUCAUUGAAAUCACAAAACCUGUAUAUUAAUAUUGUUAAUUUAUGUAUAUAUUAAACAAUUUAAAUGAUAAGGACAAAUGACGUAAAAAUAUUUGUAACUUUUGUAGAUAAUAUAUAUAUAUAUAUAUAUAUAUAUAUAUAUAUAUAUAUAUAUAUAUAUAUAUAUAUAUAUAUAUAUAUAUAUAUAUAUAUAUAUACCCUGUUUAAUUAUGGAAUUUUAUUUAUCCAACAAAAGUGUCAUUAGGUUGGUCGCUUAAAUUUAUUGAUUAUACAUUCAGAACAAUUAGUAUCACGCUUAUCGUGUGAAUGGCUUACUGAAUAAUAUUAUAAAAGUGUGACAACCAAGUGAAAUUCUUCGAUAUUAUUUGUAAUGUAAAUAAAUUGUUUUUUACAUUUAA